AUGUCAUCAACCGAAGAAGUAAAUUCUUCACUCGACUGCGAACAAAAACAAACUUGCCUCCAAGCCGUUGUACAUCAAGAAUACUCCAUCUCAAAAGUUUAUCACGAAAUGAAAGAAAAUAAAAAAAGUAUUUCGUUCCGCAAGCGUCCUUUCCUCAAAUGCAGACGAAAACUGAAGUUUCACACUGAUAAAGAACACGACUGCAACAUUCAAGGUUGUCAUCCCACAAACGAAAUUUCAACCAGCGAGUACAAACAGGAAGAAAACUACUCAUUCAGUAGAUAUAGAAGUGCAGGAAGAGCCAACUGUAUAGAGAUGAGGAACAUGUACAUAAGGUAUUUGAAGGAAGUGGAUAAUGAAGUGAAUGUCAUCUGGGAACGGGCAAAGAAACUACACGAAAAAAGAAUGCUGGAGCAGGAAACAGGAAGUGGAAAACGAUCGACUGAAGAUGAGGAAGAGGAUGGUGCUAAUGAAGAAAUGAUACCAUCUGCUAAGAAGAUUAAAUCAGAUGAUGGCUGA